GAGUUAACUCACCUCCUCUAUUCAAUCUAUAUUUAUACCACCCUCUCGUUGAUUCUGCAACCUUGUUUUCAUUCUCUUUCUCUCUCUACCUGUCUGUACAUACACUACACAGACAAUCACAUAUAUGUACACACGCAUAUCUACCUCUCAAAAUCUCUCUUGUUGCUUCUCUUCUUCAAAAGCGCGAGUCUCAGAGUACCAGUGAAAGAUCUCGGUCCGGGCGUUUCAUUUUCAUGUGAGUUUGAGUUUUGGAUGUUUAAACUUUGAAGGCGGAGGAAGAAACGACGUCGUAAGUCAUUUCAGCUGGUAAUCAGCCGAGGAUAUGAGCUGCAACGGUUGUCGAGUUCUACGAAAAGGAUGCAGCGAAUCGUGCAUUCUACGUCCUUGUCUGCAGUGGAUCGAGAGUCCUGAAGCUCAAGGUCACGCCACCGUAUUUGUGGCCAAGUUUUUUGGUCGCGCUGGUCUUAUGUCCUUCAUCUCCGCCGUCCCUGAAACGCAGCGUCCUGCUUUGUUUCAAUCUCUUCUGUUCGAGGCCUGUGGCAGAACGGUGAAUCCAGUGAACGGAGCCGUCGGCCUCCUUUGGACUGGGAACUGGCAUAUAUGCCAAGCGGCAGUCGAGACUGUUCUGCGCGGCGGCACGUUGAGGCCGGUGCCGGAACUUCUCUCCGGCGGCAGUGGAGGGCUAUCGCCGUUGGCCGAUGAAGCAUCCGAAAGCUGCACAGAUAUGUGGAUGUUACGAAGUUCGACCAACCAAAACCCUACUUGCCGGUUUUCCAAUUCCAGAUCCAAGGUGUCGCCAACGAAACGUAAGCGAUCACCCGAGGAACCCAAGAAACUACCCCUGCAGCUCUCGGAUCUGGACCUCGGCCUCACUUCCAGCUUUCCUGCGAAUUCAGCAGCAUACAAGCCGGAGACCAGACGACCGGGAACUCCGUCGAUGAAUUCAGAAGAGUCCGUAACGACAUCUUGCUGGGAUAGCGGACUUGGCGAUCAGUACGCUAACGGAGGAGGACAGACAAGGUUAUUGAACCUCUUCCUUUGAA